GAGAGCGUCUGGCGCCAGACAAGCCGGCAGCGGGGCCUCAAGCGCGACACAAACGCCGUCUGGCGCGCCCUGUCGUCGUGGCAGACAGUAUUCCUGCUCGUGGCGAAGCCCGUGGUGCACUGGCUCUACGGCCUGGCCGUCUCGACCUGGUUCAACGUCGGCAUUCGCAUCUCGCUUGUGCAGAUCGUAUACCUCAUGGUUUCGGUCCUUGCCUUGGCCGUCUUCACCACGUAUCUUGCGAACCGGAAGCCUCACGGUCCACAGCCGUGCAAUUAUGGGCACAUCCAGACCAUCGUCAAUCUGGUGGAUCAGUGGCCUCCGUUGGAUUCACCGAUGCAUUGGGGCCAUUCAGGCUCUGUGAAUGGCAUCGCCCAUGCUGGCACUAGCGGUAGGCCGCUCGGCAAGGUCGAUAUG